UUACUACGGUGGCCGGGGAGCUCGAGGUGCCUGUAGCUGCGGCGCUGAGGUCGGGGUGUCUGCGUGUGUGUCGGCUGCUUUUGUGGCGGCUGCUGGUGGAGCUGGAACAUUUCCCGAACAAAAGUCUAAACUUACAGAAGAAUGCAAUCAAGUGAUGGCUUUUUCUUUAGAAUCUGAAUAUGGAGGCCACAGGAACAGAUGAAGUUGACAAGCUAAAAACUAAAUUUAUAUCUGCUUGGAACAAUAUGAAAUAUAGUUGGGUGUUGAAAACAAAGACAUAUUUUAGUAGAAAUUCCCCUGUAUUAUUGCUUGGAAAGUGUUACCAUUUUAAAUAUGAAGAUGAAAAUGAACUGUUACCUGUAAGCUCAGGAUGUACAGUAGAAGAUCAUGUGAUUGCGGGAAGUGUAGAAGAAUUUCGUAAAGACUUCAUUUCAAGAAUAUGGCUUACCUACAGGGAAGAGUUUCCUCCAAUAGAAGGCUCAGCUUUGACAACAGACUGUGGUUGGGGCUGUACACUAAGAACUGGCCAGAUGCUGUUGGCUCAAGGACUCGUACUACACUUCCUUGGUAGAGCUUGGACCUGGCCUGAUGCUUUGAACAUUGAAAAUUCAGACUCUGAAUCAUGGACUUCCAACACUGUAAAAAAAUUUACUGCAUCAUUCGAAGCAUCGCUUUCAGUGGAAAGAGAACUCAAAACCCCAACAAUUUCUCUGAAGGAAACAAUCAGGAGAUAUUCUGAUGAUCGUGAAAUGCAAAAUGAAAUUUAUCACAGGAAAAUCAUCUCUUGGUUUGGUGAUUCCCGCUUGGCUCUCUUUGGUUUACAUCAACUAAUAGAAUAUGGAAAGAAGUCUGGGAAAAAAGCUGGAGAUUGGUAUGGACCAGCUGUGGUUGCUCACAUUUUAAGAAAAGCAGUUGAAGAAGCAAGACACCCAGAUUUACAAGGAAUAACUAUUUAUGUUGCGCAAGAUUGUACAGUUUACAGUUCUGAUGUAAUUGAUAAACAGUGCACUUCCAUGGCCUCUGAUAAUACAGAUGACAAAGCUGUUAUUAUUCUAGUUCCUGUUAGACUUGGUGGAGAAAGAACCAAUGCCGACUAUUUAGAUUUUGUAAAGGGUAUUUUAAGCCUUGAAUAUUGUGUGGGUAUUGUUGGUGGCAAACCUAAACAGUCAUAUUACUUUGCUGGAUUUCAAGACGACAGUUUGAUUUACAUGGAUCCUCAUUACUGCCAAUCUUUUGUAGAUGUCAGCAUAAAGGAUUUCCCUCUUGAGACAUUCCACUGCCCUUCUCCCAAAAAGAUGUCAUUUCGAAAAAUGGAUCCUAGCUGUACAAUAGGAUUUUACUGUCGAAAUGUUCAGGACUUCAAACGAGCUUCUGAAGAAAUCACUAAGAUGCUGAAAAUUUCUUCUAAGGAGAAAUAUCCUUUAUUUACUUUUGUAAAUGGUCAUUCCAGAGACUAUGAUUUUACAUCUACUACAACCAAUGAAGAAGACCUUUUCUCAGAGGAUGAAAAGAAAAGAUUAAAAAGAUUUAGCACAGAAGAGUUUGUCUUGCUGUAAAGAUUAGCACAUUUGUGCUUGAUGAGAAGAAAUCCUUUGAAGGAAGCAAAAUGAAGAGAAACAAGUAUACUUGAAACUGGUUUAUUUUCACAAAUACCUUAAUUUUGUACGUUCUUUAAAAAAAGAACAUUUGAAAAUAUACAAGUUUUAAAGAUAUUUUUUUGAAAGAGAAAUGAUUCAGUGAAUCUUGAUUUCUAAUAAAUAUCAAGUGAUUCUGGCUGCAUUCCUGUUUCCCUAAGAUCUGCUAAUGAUAACUCUACCUUAACUGCAAGUCUUCCAGUCUUCAAAUUCUUCCACCUGGGUCCAGUAUUCUCCUGAAGGUUUUGUGAUAUUGGGCCCCAAAAUAGGAUUGCCAAAUAGUUUCAAAAGCUUCAGUUUAUACUAAUGACCAGAAGAGCAGAGAAUGAAUCUUCAAUGCUGCCUAAGCCUCCUGAUAUUAAUGCAACCAAAGGAUACUUUUGGAUGUAUCUUGAUAUAUGUUAAAUAGUAAUUUUUAGCUGUGAUAUGAUACAAUUACAUAAGCAGAAUUUUGAGUUGAGGUAAUACUUAGCAAUAUGAUUUUAUAAUGGCUCCUCAUUUUGCUUGCUGUUGAGCCUUGUCUGAGGAGUGAAGGUAAGGUAUUUGUUUUCCCCACUGAUUUAAAGGUUAUGUUAUUAAUAAUAACUACAUCCAAUCUAACAGAUAAAGGCAAAAUUGUUUGUUUCCUAUCUCAAAAAUGAAAUUUUAUGGAAACUCUACUUAUUAUGCAGUUUUAAAAUCUAAAGAUAAGUACCAGGAAAGAUAUCAGUAGAUGCUCCUCCAUGUGAUUUUUGCUAUUUGUAUAAAUCAGUGCAGUGGUGUUUAGAAGCUGAGGCCAUCUAUAAGGUAAAUCUGCCUUAAGUGUAUUAUGUAUUACUUAAAGGCAAAUUUGUGAUAUAAAAGUAUGAGUUAUUAUUGAGCCAGGUUUAUAAAAUAAGUACUUUAAUAAAGAUGUAAGAACAUAAAA